AAGAGCCUCCUCUCGCUUUACGGAGCCUGCUGCUCGCAAUUCCUGCUCUUCGUGCCAGAGCCUGCAGCUGUCUCUGGUGCGUCCCACUGCCGCUGUUGUGGGAAAUCGUCCCCGCGUGACGAACCGACGGCGGACUGGUUUUUCUCCCCUUGAAGUGUCAACGCAAACCUGAAGGAUAUCGCAACUUUUAAACAAUUCAAAACACAGUUAAGGGGGUGAAUGGAGACACCUGACAGCUCGUGACGCCCCAUCUGUGUGUUGACUGAAAUCUUUGCAACUGUGAAGGCUAUAGGAAUGUGGAAUUCAAGUCUGUCUCAGCGUAAAAGGACCUGCCUCUGCCCCUGACACCAUGACCACAGACCUGAACUUGACCUCGCUGUUGAAUGUAACCGAUCUCCACAAUCACACACGAGGAUGUUCCCUCACCAAGACAGGUUUCCAGUUCUACUACCUGCCCACUGUUUACAUCAUGGUCUUUAUCACGGGGCUGGUGGGCAACAGCCUGGCCAUUUGGAUGUUUGUGUGCCACAUGAGACCCUGGAGCAGUAUUUCUGUCUACAUGUUCAACCUGGCUCUGGCUGACUUCUGUUACGUCCUCUCUCUGCCCUUCCUCAUCUUCUACUACUUCAAUAAAACGGACUGGAUAUUCGGGGAUGUUCUGUGUCGUCUGCAGCGAUUCAUAUUCCAUGUGAAUCUUUACGGGAGUAUUCUGUUUCUGACCUGCAUCAGUGUUCACAGGUACACCGGGGUGGUGCACCCGCUCAAGUCUCUGGGCAGACUGAAGAAGAAAAAUGCAGUUAUUACCAGCGCGUUGGUGUGGGCGGUGGUCGUUAUAGGUAUCUCUCCCAUAUUGUAUUAUUCCCGCACUGGCUUAAAGCGUAACUCAACCACUUGUUAUGACACCACCACUGAGGAUGAGUUACCUGGUUAUUUUAUCUACAGCAUGACUUUGACUGUCUUUGGGUUCUGCAUCCCCUUCAUUAUCAUAUUUUGUUGCUACGGUAUGAUCGUGAAAGCGUUAAUCUGCAAUGAUAUGAACAAUGCGCCCCUGCGGCAGAAAUCCAUCCACCUGGUUAUCAUCGUGCUUGCGGUCUUCGCCGUCUCCUACCUGCCCUUCCAUGUGAUGAAGAACCUUAACAUGCGGGCAAGGCUGUACUUCCAAAGCCCUGAUAUGUGUGAUUUUAAUAACCGCGUCUACGCCACCUACCAGGUGACGCGAGGGCUGGCCAGCCUCAAUAGCUGUGUGGAUCCUAUUCUCUACUUCCUGGCUGGAGAUACGUUCAGGAGGAAGCUUUCACGGGCCACUAAAAAGCCCUCCAGGAAGGGGGACAAUGUCCUUCAGUCCAAGAGUGAGGAGACAGCUCUCAACAGCCUGGCUGAGUGUGUGGAGAAUGGGGACCGGAGGCUGUGACCGCUCAGGGGUGUGGAUCUCUCUUAGCUUUAGAUGGACUUUGUACUGAAUAAAUAAGUGCACUGUGUGGACUGAAGGCUGUGUGUAAAACUUUCUGGUCGAUAGUUUAUAGAACUGUAAGAUAAAUACAUUUAACCCUGUGAUAACCAUCGCUCGCUUGCAGCCUGUCGAUGUCGAUAAGCUACUGUACUGUAUCGUCCUGUAUUGUACUCUAAAUGUUAGAGCCAUCGUUCUUAUUGAGAAGUGUUGCUUACACCUUGAACAAAAUGAACAUUUUCAUCAGGCAAACUGAGGGAAAUAGGUUUCCCUCCAAGCUAUAAUGCCCCGUUCAUCAAAUUUGUUCUGGAGAAAUAGGACUGAGAAUGGAUUGCACCUCCUCUAGCCACUGAGCUGAUGCUUAAUCAAUAGCUAUUAAGCAGGUUAGAGCUCGUGGUUAAAGAGGUGUACCUGAGAUGGCUUUUUAGAGUGAAAAGUAAAAUGCACUGAACCUGAUUGCUGCAUGGAUGUGCCGUGCAGACAAUGCACUAUGACCAGGGACUCUCUGCUCAGAGGGCCACCUAUCACUCCUCAUUCCUUUCUCCAUCUAUUACUGACUAGGCGAGGAAUGUGGUCAACAAGUUUUUCAUUUGGACAGCUCUGAGGUUAAGGUCUGCAACGGCUCUGUUACCACAAUCUUUCUCUCCUUGUUAACUUGUUCCGUACAGAAAAAAAACGAGAAGAUAAUACUUACAGUAUUUUGUGUAUAUGAUACUACAAUGAAUGUUUUUUUUUUCUAAGGUGUGCUGUACAGGAUGUUGUGAUGUUCCAGAUUGUGCUGUUAACUGUUUUGUUCAAGUCAGUAUCACUAAUCCAGACCUUUAGUGCAGUGGUUCCCAACUGGUGGGCUGCGGUCCAGAAUGGGUCACGGGUCCAUUCUGAAUGGACCGCAAGUGACUUAUGACCAUUGUAAGUUUGUGAAAAACUCAUACUUUUCCUUGAGCUUUCCUGAGUGACACGUAGGAAAGACAUGAAGUGUUUGACCCACAUGAUGUGUUGCACAACCAUCAGAAAUUUGAAAAUCCAGCGCCAAUUUCUGUUUUUAGAAUUUAUGGAUGUGAUAAAUGGUGU